AUCAAAAUAACACGCAAACCUCAAAAUGCGAUGGAGUUAUGUAUGAUGAAGUGAUUUCGAAAAUCGUGUAAUGAACUAGCCGGUGAUAAGUCUGUUGCAAGUUAUGUGGUAUGAAUGUGUGUCCCGAACAUUUUGUUGUUGAAAAAUUCAAGUAUUCUUUAAAGCUACACUGUUUGUUGCCGGAUUAUAGUGAUUAUUUUGUUAUACUGUCAGCGAAAACGAUGAUAUAAAGAAACAAAUCUUGCAUUUUUUAAUUUGUCGGCACUGUAUUAUACAAAUAUAGCUGUGUUGUCAAUGUGUAAAAUUUUAACCUUGUUUUUCGUGAACGAUACUGUGUAGAUAUAAUUCUAGUGUUCCAAGAGAUAAUUAGUGGAUAAAAAUAUCAUCUAAAAUCAUGAAUUUUAUAUUUACUUAUUGUAGUUUGAAAAGUUGAAUGAUUGAGGUAAGGCAGCUGGAGUUGCUGUGCAAACAAUUAUAUGAAUCACAAGAUUCUGCGCAUCGUGCUGAAGCUGAGAAAGCACUUGUUGCUUUUCAAAAUGCACCUGAUACGCUUACAAAGUGCCAGCUCCUACUGGACCGAGGAGAUUCUGCAUAUGCUCAAUUAUUGGCAGCCACUACAUUAACAAAAUUGGUUUCACGUUCUGCAGGGCUUAGCUUACAACAAAGACUUGAUAUACGAAACUAUGUUCUUAAUUAUCUAGCAACACAACCAAAGUUACCAAACUUUGUGAUACAGGCUUUGGUUACAUUAUUUGCCAGGAUAUCAAAGUUUAGUUGGUUUGAUCGUGAUAAAGAAGAAUAUGUUUUUACUAAUGUGGUUAGCGAUGUGUCAAAAUUUCUUCAGGGAUCAGUAGAACACUGUAUGAUAGGAGUUCAAUUAUUGUCUCAAUUAACAUGUGAAAUGAAUCAAGUAUCAGACAUUGAUGCAAACAGAUCUCUUACUAAACAUAGAAAAAUUGCUAGUAGCUUCAGAGACCUCCAGCUUUUUGAAAUAUUUAGGUUAUCUUGUACUUUAUUAAGUACAGCACGUGAGAAUUGCAAAAAUUUAAAUUUUAAUGAUGAAGCACAGCAUGGUCUAAUUAGACAACUUUUAAAACUUGCACAAAAUUGUUUGACAUUCGACUUUAUUGGAACAUCAACAGAUGAAAGUUCAGAUGAUCUCAGUACUGUACAAAUUCCAUCCAGGUGGAGACCUGUAUUCCUGGACUUUACAACAUUAAAACUCUUCUUCGAUUUAUAUCAUAAUUUACCUAAUUCAUUAUCAUCUUUGGCUCUCUCUUGUUUGGUUCAAAUAGCAUCUCUUAGAAGAAGUUUAUUUUCUAAUCCAGAGAGGGCACAGUUUUUGACACAUUUGGUCAAUGGUGUAAAACACAUAUUACAAAACCCUCGAGGUUUGAGUGAUCCUGGAAAUUAUCAUGAAUUUUGUAGAUUACUAUCAAGAUUAAAAACCAAUUUUCAACUUGGAGAAUUAGUUUUAGUCAAAGAUUAUCCAGAAGCUAUACAGUUAAUUGCAAAGUUUACAGUUCAGAGCUUACAAAUGUGGCAGUUUGCACCAAACAGUUUACAUUACCUUUUAACUUUGUGGCAAAGAAUGGUGUCUUCUAUGCCUUAUGUGAAAGCAGGAGAUCCACAUCUAUUAGACACAUAUACUCCAGAAAUUGUAAAUGCAUAUGUUACCUCAAGACUUGAGUCAGUUGCAGUAGUAGUUAGGGAACGUUUAGAAGACCCACUUGAUGAUUUAUCAGUAGUUCAUCAACAAUUGGAGCAAAUAUCAGUAAUAGGAAGAUGUGAAUAUCAAAAAACAUGUACUUUAUUAGUACAGUUAUUUGAUCAAGCUGCUAGAACAUACCAAGAGUUAAUGACACAGACAGCAUCUCCAGCUCAACAAAUGGACAUCACUAUACAAGAAGGCCAACUUACAUGGCUUGUAUAUAUUAUAGGUGGCGUUAUUGGUGGCAAAAUAACAUUUAACAGCAAUGAAGAAUAUGAUGCAAUGGAUGGUGAAUUAGUCUGCAGAGUACUUCAGUUAAUGAAUUUAACCGAUUCAAGACUUGCACAAGGUGGCUGUGAAAAAUUGGAAUUAGCAAUGUUGAGCUUCUUUGAACAGUUUCGUAAAAUAUAUGUAGGUGAUCAAGUUCAAAAAAAUUCUAAAGUAUAUAGAAGACUGUCGGAUGUUUUGGGAGUUAAUGAUGAAUCUAUGGUACUUGGCAUUCUUAUACGAAAAAUAAUAACAAAUCUGAAAUAUUGGGGUCGAAGUGAACAAAUUAUUUCAAAAACAUUACAAUUAUUAAAUGAUUUGUCGGUGGGUUAUAGUUGCGUUCGUAAACUUGUAAAACUAGAAGAAGUACAAUUUAUGCUCAACAAUCAUACAAGAGAGCAUUUUCCAUUCUUGGGAAACAAUGUUGCUGUAACAGAAAUGCGUUGUAGAUCAAUGUUUUACACGUCUUUGGGUAGAUUAUUGAUGGUAGAUUUAGGCGAAGAUGAAGAAAGAUUUCAUACUUUUAUGUUACCUUUAACGGGUGCAUUAGAAAGUUUAGGGCAAUUAAUGGGUGCUGCUGAUCCUUCACUAUUUGGUGCAGAAGAAGCAAAGAAAGCCCUAAUUGGUUUAGCAAGAGACUUAAGAGGCUUAGCUUAUGCAUUCAACACAAAAACAUCUUAUAUGAUGUUAUUUGAUUGGAUAUAUCCAAACUAUACACCAAUUUUGUUACAUGCUGUGGAAUUGUGGCAUUAUGAACCACAAGUGACAACACCCGUCCUAAAAUUAUUUGCUGAAUUAGUACAAAAUAGGAGUCAAAGAUUACAAUUUGAUGCCUCUUCUCCAAAUGGCAUUUUAUUAUUUCGUGAAGCUAGUAAAGUAAUAUGUAGUUAUGGUAAUCGCAUAUUAAACGUCGAAGUUCCAAAGGAGCAAAUAUACCCAUUAAAGCUUAAAGGAAUAAGUAUAUGCUUCAGUAUGUUAAGAGCAGCUUUAUGUGGAAGUUACGUAAAUUUUGGCGUAUUCAGAUUAUACGGCGAUGAAGCAUUGGAUAAUGCACUUAAUACGUUUGUAAAAUUACUUCUUAGUAUACCACAAAGUGAUUUAUUGGAUUAUCCAAAAUUAUCUGCAACAUACUAUGUCUUACUUGAAUGUUUGGCACAGGACCAUAUGGUUUUUCUUUCCACUUUAGAACCAAGAGUUUUCUUGUACAUCUUAUCCAGCAUCAGUGAAGGCCUUACAGCACUAGGUGCGCAAAAAGACUCCUAUACAGAUACAAUGGUGUGUACCGGUUGUUGCGCAGCACUUGAUCAUAUUGUGACUUACUUAUUUAAACAAUUAUAUCAAAAAGGAAGGAAGAAUGCUGUAGUUCCAGGAGGUGGUGACUUAUUCUUACAAGUUUUAAAACAGCAUCCUGAAAUUUUACAGCAAAUAUUAAGCAUAGUUUUAAAUCUGAUAAUGUUUGAAGAUUGUAGAAAUCAGUGGAGUAUGUCACGUCCUCUUUUGGGAUUGAUUCUUUUAAACGAAGAGUAUUUUAAUCAAUUACGAGAAAAUAUUAUUAGAAGUCAACCAGUUGACAAGCAAGCAACAAUGGCACAGUGGUUUGGAUCUUUAAUGGAAGGGAUUGAAAGGAACUUACUCACGAAAAAUAGGGAUAGGUUUACACAAAAUUUAUCUAUGUUUAGAAGAGACAUAAAUGAUACCUUGAAAGGACCUAAUACACCUGGAAGCACUGUCAGUGAUAUGAUUUUCUCUUUUAUUUAGAUUUUCCUAGGUUCUUGCCUGCCAAAUGCUUGAAUGUGUGUGCGAGUGAAACUAUAAAUUAUAGUGGAUUUAAAAUUAUGGUUUUAGAUGAGUAUAAAGAUAAUAAAUUAAGUAUCAUCGUUUUACAGAAGCAUUAUUGUUUGGCUUCCUAUUCUUUUCUAACCUAAAUUUGUUUUUCCUGAGUUUUUUGACUCGUCAAAAUGAUGCAAAAUUUAAUAUAAUUUGUAUUUCAUUUUUUAAAUAUUAAUUCAUGUAUUUUAUCCUAAAUUUGUAGGCCGAAACAGAAAAGAUAUAUUCUUGUUAUUACCUUUAUACUCCUAUCAUUUUAGUUUAAUAUAAUAUUGGGAACAUGAAUAUUUUUUCACAUAAAUAUAAAAGAAAAUCAAAGUAAUUGGCAAUAAUUAUAUUAUGUUUCGUAGAUCGAGAGUUAAUUAUUCAUUAAACAGUUUUGUAUGGAAAGAUUGAUUGAAUUUACUGUAGCUGUUUAUCAAAUACAAUUAAAAUAUUAUGAAUGUAAAAUUAGAUUUUCAUCGUAUGCUAAUAAUUUAACAGCAUGUAUUUCAGAUGUGAUAGAUU